AUGGCUACAAGCACAACUAAUGUGAAUGACCUACCUCAGUGCAAUGCAAAUACUCCUGACCCUAAUGAAACUUGUUUGGACAACGAGCCUAGGAUUCAUAUGUGUUUUGAUACAAUGGAAGAUGCAAAGAAAUUUUACACGAAUUACGCCAUUACAUGUGGAUUUGCUGUGAGGACAAGAACUUCAAAAAAAGAUAAGGACAACAAUGUGUACUACUUGCGAUUAGUUUGUUCAAGGGAAGGAAAAUAUGUAUCUUCCAUCAAACCUGAGGUGAAAACACUUCCAAGUCAAACAAAUCAAUGUCCAGCUGGCAUUACCAUUGCAAGGAAGGACAAUAAAUGGUUUAUAAGGAUAGUCGCGCUAGAUCACAGCCAUGACCUAUGCCCGAAUACAUCUAAGCUAAUUCCUGGGAAUAGAAAAUUAAGCAUGCAAGUCAAACACACGUUGAAGGUCAAUGACGAUGCGGGAGUUGGAAUAAAUAAGAGUUUCCUUAGCAUUGUUAGCGAUGCAGGUGGAUUUGAGAACAUGGAAUUCGUGGAACGAGAUGCACGAAACUGCAUUGUGCAACACAGAAGAUCUUUAUGUAAGGACGAUGAUGGUCAAGCCCUCUUACGACACUUCUCAUCAAUGAAAGAUUUAAACAAUGACUUCUUCUAUGACAUUGCAUUGGACGAAGGAAAUAGAAUAUGUAGUGUGUUUUGGGCAGAUGUAAGAAGUAGAGCUGCGUGUGAAGAAUUUGGUGAUGUUGUGUCAUUCGACACCACUUACUUGACAAAUAAGUAUGGCAUGCCAAUUGCGUCGUUUGUAGGAGUUAACCAUCAUCGUCACUCCAUUUUACUUGGAUAUGGAUUGCUUUCUUUCGAAGACACUGCGUCAUUUGUGUGGUUGUUUGAAUCUUGGUUGAGAUGCAUGGGAAAUAAGGCCCCUGAUGGCAUUAUAACGGAUCAAUGCAGGGCAAUGGCGAAUGCCAUUGAAGAGGAUUUUCCAAAUACAAGACACGGGUGGUGUUUAUGGCACAUAAUGAAGAAGUUGCCCGAAAUAUUUCAAGGCUUCAAAAAUUAUGUUGCCAUCAAAACAAAUAUACAUGUAUUUGUCUAUGACUGUGGGUCACCAACGGACUUUGAGAAUGGAUGGGAAGAACUAGUAACGAAGCAUGCAUUAGAGGGGAAUGAUUAA